AUGGAACAGGUUCGCGAUUCCACCUCGCGCCGUCGGCCUGUUUAUCUCCCUCACCAUCCCGUGAUCCGGGAAAGCAGCUCGACAACCAAAGUGCGCGUUGUAUUUAACGCUUCGAGUGUCACGUCCAACGGCUUUACUCUGAAUGAUUGCUUAUUAGUUGGGCCUAAGCUUCAAAACGAUCUCGGCGGAGUUUUGCUGAAUUGGCGUUUCUAUCGUUACGUCUAUCUGGCGGACAUUGAAAAAAUGUUCCGUCAGAUCCUAGUACAUCCCGACGAUGUAGAUUACCAGAGAAUCGUCUGGAGACCGAAUCCGCAAAGUCCGGUCCUAUCGUACCGUCUCCUCACGGUUACAUACGGCACGGCUAGCGCACCGUAUCUCGCGAUCCGUGUUCGACAUCAGCUUGCCGACGAUGAGUCUCGUCGCUUUCCGCAAGCUGCAAAAAUCCUUAAAAAUUCGGCCUACGUGGACGAUCUCUUAUUUGGUGCGAAUGACAUCGCGUCCGCUAUACAAUUGCGCGCUCAGCUUAACGAUUUGAUGCAUUCCGGCGGAUUUCACUUGAGAAAAUGGGCGGCUAACGAUCCACAACUCUUGUCAAUUAUUCCAUCCGGCGAUCACGAGUUAUCAUGCGAUCACGCAUUUGAAGAAAAUACAAGUCUAAAGGUCCUUGGCGUCGCUUGGCGCCCGACCGACGAUGUAUUCUUUUUUCGAACCACAGAAUUCACGGAAUCGCGAACCACGAAGCGGACCGUCCUAUCAUUUAUCGCGCGGCUAUUCGACCCCUUAGGUUGGGCGUCGCCCGUCGUAAUUGUAGCGAAAAUACUGAUGCAGGAUCUGUGGCUUCAAAAAAUCGAUUGGGAUGAGAUUAUUCCCGCGUCACUUCUGCAAAGAUGGCAAGAUUACGUUAGCAGUCUUCCUAAGCUUUCUAAUUGCCGUAUGCCACGUUGGCUUAAUACCUACGAUCCCGAUCACGCGGUGGAGAUUCACGGAUUCGCCGACGCGUCACAGCGUGCCUACGCUGCUGUCGUCUAUUUACGGGUUCGCCACUCGCCUAAUCGAAUUUCGGUUUCGCUGCUCGCUGCCAAAUCAAAAGUGGCGCCCUUAAAAACGAUUGCCAUUCCCCGCCUGGAACUUAUGGCUAUCGUACUCCUAGCACGUUUAAUAAAUCACGUUUUAGGCGUGCUCGAGAAUCCGGAUAUACCGAUUUACGGCUGGACAGAUUCCACCGUCGCACUAGCGUGGUUGGAAUUCGCGACUCUUUUGUGCCAAAUCGAAGCCUGCCUUAACUCCCGUCCUCUCGCCGCAUUGACAAGCGAUCCGGACUCCUUCGAGGCGCUCACACCGGGGCACUUCCUGAUAGGUCGCCCCCUUUUGAGUGCACCGGGAGAGUCUGUCUUAGAAAUUAAUGAGAAUCGUUUGUCAAGAUGGCAAAGGGUGCAGGCCAUGCACGAACAAUUUUGGAAAGCAUGGUCUUCUGAUUACUUGCACACGCUUCAUCAGAGGCAGAAAUGGCGAACGGUAGAACCACCGAUUAAAAUUAACGACCUCGAACACCCGAUGAUCGUUCUUUCGGCUUCCCAGAGGAAUAUCAGCCAGCACAUUUACACACAGAGCUGA